AAACUUUUCAAAACCCUAAAAUAACCCAAUCAUCAGCUGAUAUAUAAAGCAUCGGGCGGUUUGAAAGCAUAUAUUUGGUGUAAAAUACAAAAAGGUUGUCACUGCGCAGGUUUUGUUCUGACGACGUUAGGGUUGCAGCAACAGCAAAAAUGCUGAUUUUACAUGCAGGAGAAGGCAAUAAAAAUGCAGCUAAGGCACUCAUUGCUGCAGAGUAUGCUGGUGUAAAAAUCAGCCGAGCACCAAAUUUUGAGAUGGGUGUAACAAAUAAAACCCCAGAAUUUCUCAAAAUGAAUCCUAUUGGCAAGAUUCCUGUUCUGGAGACACCUGAUGGGCCUGUUUUUGAGAGUAAUGCCAUUGCACGUUAUGUUGCACGAUUGAAAGGUGAUAACUCCCUAUUUGGGUUUUCUUUAAUUGAUUAUGGUCAUGUUGAACAGUGGAUUGAUUUUUCUUUUUCGGAGAUUGAUAUAAAUAUCUCACGAUGGUACCUUCCUCGAAUUGGAUAUGGAGUUUAUCUUCCCCCAGCAGAAGAAGCUACAAUUGCUGGGCUCAAGAGAGGUUUAGGUGCAUUGAAUACUUACCUUGCUACAAACACCUACCUUGUUGGACAUUUCAUAACCCUGGCAGACAUUGUUAUGACUUGCAACUUGUACCUUGGUUUCAUUCGUUGUAUGACCAAGGAUUUCACUAAAGAGUUUCCUCACGUUGAAAGGUAUUUUUGGACCAUGGUCAAUCAGCCAAAUGUCAAGAAGAUUUUGGGUGAAGUUAAACAAGCAGAUGCUGUUCCUCCAGUUGCACAAACAAAUAAAAAAGUCAGUCAGCCUAAAGAGCAGAAGCAAAAGCCUAAGGAAGCGCCCAAAAAGGAACCUGCAAAGCCCAAGGUCGAAGAUCCUCCAACUGGGGAGGAGGAGGAGGAGGCACCAAAGCCAAAGCCCAAAAAUUCUCUUGAUCUUUUACCACCCAGUAAAAUGAUUCUUGAUGAAUGGAAGAGGCUUUACUCAAACACAAAGACCAACUUUCGGGAGGUUGCUAUUAAAGGUUUUUGGGAUAUGUAUGAUCCAGAAGGAUAUUCCUUGUGGUUCUGUGAAUACAAAUACAACGAAGAGAAUACUGUUUCCUAUGUUACACUGAACAAAGUUACAGGCUUCUUGCAACGGAUGGAUCUGGCACGCAAGUAUGCAUUUGGGAAGAUGCUCAUCAUUGGUCAAGAACCUCCUUUCAAAGUCAAGGGGUUAUGGCUCUUGCGUGGGCAGGAGAUCCCGCAAUUUGUUAUAGAUGAGUGCUAUGAUAUGGAGCUAUAUGACUGGACUAAGGUGGACAUUAGUGAUGAGGUACAGAAAGAACGAGUUAAUGCCAUGAUUGAAGAUCAAGAACCCUUUGAGGGUGAGCCUCUGUUGGAUGCCAAAUGUUUCAAGUGAUCCAAUAUUUUGGUUUCGGAGGUUUGGGCUUGUGUUACAGUAGUAAUAUAAUUUUCUGAAUUUUUGGUACAAUUUAAACAUACCAAACUUCAAGGCAAUUUUUUUAAUGAUGAGUUGCCUUUCAGAGUUCGGAGAGAGAUUUAAGUGUAAUGACUAGAUUGAUUUCGACAGAUUGAAUUAAUUAUCUGAAUUGCCGUUGCUACUAUUUAAA